UGGAAAGUUUUAAUCCGGCAAAAUCGUGUCGUUCAGACAGAAAAAUACAAUUUGUCAAGAAAUGUCAAAUUGUUAAGUGUGAUUAACGGAAAAUCUUCUUCGUCACUUAUUCCUCCUCUGCAAGCAACCUCUUUCAUGCAAUCAGGAGUUCCAGGUGGUGACUAGAGGUUUAAUUUUUACUCGGAGUUUGAAGUUGCGUCACUUGUCGAAUAAAUUUGGUGUUGCUUGCAGGAAAGUUUCUCAUUUUACUAUAAAUCUUGGGAGCCCGGCUAAUGAUCCGUGCAAGACACAGGAAUUGCUAAAUCUGGUUAUUUUGGUAAUAGCUCUGGUUGUAUGUAACGUUACGAUUGUUAUUACGACAGUGAUUAUUUUUUGGGGGGUUAACAAAGCGUGUUUCUUUCAAACGAGCCUUCAAUUGACGGAAAUAUUGUUCAAAGCUUGCAAUUUUUUUGGUAUUCAGAGGUUGUGAGGGUUUGUGUUCUUGGAAGGUUGAAAGCUGGUUGUGAAGCGCACAAAAAACGCGUUUUUUCUGUUUCUAGUAAGAAUUUGUACGCAGGGGUUUGGUUGUGGAUUCGAGCCUGCGAUUUUGUGGCUGUGAUAUUGUUUCAGGUUUUUCUCUUGUUUGAUUUGUUUAGCUAGGGUUUGGAAGGAGAUGGGAGCGCAAAUGAGCAAGAAAUCGGGGGAGAAAGCGAUGCCUGAUAUAGAUUUAGAAGCAAAAGCUAAGUAUACGGUUGAAUUGAAAGCCUAUGAAGAGGCCUGCAAAGUUGAUCCGGAUGUAAAGAAUUUUGAUAACGUUGUACAGGCUCGCACAGGGCAAGUUAUGAGAGCUGUGGCUAAUGGUGUGCAGGUUCAGAGCCUUUCUUUGGAUUCUUUAAAGGAGGUUACCUCUUGUUUGCUUGAAAUGGACCAGGAAGUUGUAAAGCUUGUUCUGCAAAACAAGGAGGAUGUAUGGAAAAGUCCGGAAUUGUUCGAGCUGGUUGAGGAGUAUUUCAAUAACAGCUUGAGGACUCUGGAUUUCUGCUCUAUGCUGGAAAAUUGCCUGAGAAAGGCUAGGGACAAUCAGCUCAUAAUUCAGAUUGCUUUACAGCACAUCCCGCCAGGAGGACCUCCUCCAGGAGAGGCACAGUACAAGAAAAUUCUUGAAGAGCUUGGAAAUUUCAAAAAUGCAGGAAGUCCGUUUCCUGAGGAUUUUAUUAGGCUUUUUGAGUCCGUUUACACAGGGCACAUUCAGAUGCUGGAGAAACUCCAUGCGAAAAGGCACAAACUGGACAAAAAGAUGAAGAAUGUGAAGGCGUGGAAAAAGGUUUCCAGUGUUAUUUUUGUAGCUACAUUUGCGGCCGUUUUGAUUUGCUCUGUGGUGGCUGCGGCCAUCGCCGCGCCGCCAAUUGCGUCGGCUCUUGCCGCCGCGGCGGCCAUUCCCAUCGGUUCUGUGGGGAAAUGGGUUGACAACCUUUGGAAAAAAUACGAGGAUACCAUUAGAGGCCAGCGGGAGCUUAUCAGUUCAAUGCAUGUGGGGACAUUUGUGGCCCUUAAGGAUCUGGACAAUAUUAGGGUUCUUGUGGACCAUUUGGAGAUAACUAUAAGCUCAAUUCUCAGAAGCGUGGAGUUAGGGUUGAAGGACGAGGAUGCUGUGCAGGUUGUCAUGGACGAUAUCAGGAAGAAGCAGCAGAGUUUUAUCGAUGAGAUCGACCGCCUUUCUGAUUAUGUGGAUCGUUGCAGUCGAGACAUUCGGCAGGCCAGAACCUUGGUUGUGCUCAAGAUCAUCAGGCCAUCCCGAAAGAGAUCUGAGAUGGGACGAGAUGAAGAGGAGCUAAACUUAGCAGGGGGGAUAUUGUAAUAAAGCGGCGAAUUUCUGUUUUCCAGUCUUGAAAGGUAAAACGAAAAACAGAAACGAAAAUUUACAGAGAAAUCGUUUCUGUGAAAAAAAUAAAAUUAUUGCUUGAAGUUUUUAUUGGUUUUUGGGCUUGGAUUUUCAAAAGGUUGCAAUAAAUUUAUUGACUGAAAACACUCAGUCUUGUACAGCCAUUGUAUUUAUUUUAAAUUUUAUAUAUGACUCUGAAACUCCAUUUAGUUUGUUUCAA